AUGCGAUUAGCAGCAAGUUCGGAGACGCUGUCGGGGGAGAAAAUGCCGUUACUUGCAACGCCUAGACCGAGCGGCUCGGUGAACUCAAUCGCCGAUCACUGCUCGUGCACAGCUGGCCAGAUCGCGCGCUGGGCGAUUUCGCUAGACGGUGUACUAGGUUGCGCGCUUGGGCGAACGGCAUUUUCAUAUCACCUGAAAAAGGAGCACUCCGAAGAAAAUCUCCAGUUUUGGAUCGACUGCGAAGUUUUCAAGAAUGCGCUUGGGGAGGAAGAACGGCGGCGAAUCGCCUUCAAGCUUGUGAAAAAGUACAUUGGCGAUAGCGCGGAAAUUCCAGUCAAUCUUCCUCAUAAGCUAGAGAGUAGCGUCAAAAUGUGCAGCUCGUGGCACCGCGAUUCCUUCCGGCUCCAACAGAAUCAUAUUUACGAUCUCAUGCGGCGUGAUUCGUACCCCAGAUUCAUCAAGUCGGAGCAGUACCGCAGAUUAGUCCAACUCGAGCUGACGCAUAAGUCAGUGAGCGAGGAGGAUAUCUGUGAUGCCUACGAAAAACGACGCGAUACUGCAAAGCCAAAAAAAUCCGCGUUUCAGAUCUUGAAGAAGGCGGUGAACGUGCGGCCAAAAAAAGAGCGGCGUAAGUCUGUAGACGCCGGACAGCUACUCCGUUGGGGCUUCGAUCCCGACAAGGAGAACAAACCAAGGAGAGAUGGUUCCAGAACCGGCAAAUGCUACGUUCAGUUCAGCGACGGACGCAAUUUGUCGGUGAAUUUGGCCGACGAUCGAACAGUACAGGAUGUUCUCGAUAGCCUUGUCCAGCGACUAGACAUCGAUAAAAAUCACGUUGACUGGAUGUUGAUUGGCGAAAGUCGCGAGAAUCGACUUUUGAUGGACCAGAACUCGAUGGAGCUUGAGAAUUGUCACUUGCGGGCGGAAUUGCGCUGUUCUUUCAAGCUUGAUCUAAUUGAUUUAAAGAAAAGGAUUGCCAUCAGAGUAAAACCGCAAAAACCACUUCGCGACAUAAUAUUGCCGAUUCUGGAAAAGUAUUCCGGCGAAGACCCAAACAACUUUCGUCUGUAUACAAACUCUCAGAAUGGCUCAGAGAAUACUGUUGACAUUGAUGAUCACGCGUUUAAAGUCGAUAACAAGAGACUUUUUCUUGUCAGGAAAAACGAUAUUGGCGACUCUCUCUUCGACGAAGUCAAAAAUGAAAGUUCAAAGAGUCUAAACGUGGACCGCCCUUUUCUCGAGAGGCGACCUGGAUUUCGAACAGCUAAGAAAAAGAGGAAGCGAAGAGAAAGUUUCGGACUCCGACGAAUGCUCACGAAAUCAAAGGUCACACCAGAAUUGUCACCGUUUCAACCUCAUGGCAGACUACGUCCACCUCAAGGACGAAUCGACACACAGCGCGGACUGCUAAACAAGGAAGAACUUAGUUUGCCAAAGUUUCUUCAAGAAAGACAAGAGUUUGACGACGAGAUCAGACAGCACACACCAUCUGACGCCUUCGGAGGCGAUCUCCAAGGAGUGAUGCCUUCUGCAGCGGCUGGUUACGCUCUUUUCGGAAGUGCAACCAAGGGCUUCCCUCAGACCAGCUUCAACUCGAUGAUGGGUGAAAGUGGAAACAUAAGCAGUUUAAACAGCUUGUUCGACAACUUUCGGUCAGAAGAGAUUGGCUCACAUGAAUUCACCUCUCACGAGUCGAUGGAAAACCUAUUCAUGCCCGUUGAAACUUGCGAGACUGUAACAGACUGGGAAGAAUCCUCAAGGAACGUGAAAAGACAUAUUUUUACUUGGUUAGUUUGGCAACUAGACCCGUACUUCUUCACACCAAUAAGGGAUUCAUCUCGAUACAAUGAGGAAGACACCUACGAGUCUCUGAAUGAGAAGUUCCAUCGACAUCCGUUGUUCAAGGCCACAUUACACGAAAGUCUGGAAAGUGCAAAUCUUCCGAAAAGUCACUCAAGUCCAGCUUCAUUAAGAAACGGUUACUAA